CGUGCACUGGUGGGUAAUCCGUCAGAGUUGCAUGCUAGCGGAAAAAAGAUGAACAUGGAACCAGACGUUAUCCCGAAUUCUCUUUCAAAUGUUGUUGAUGAUUGUGAACUUGGAGCAAAUCUGAAGAAACUGAGAAUAACAGACAAUGUUCGAGAAUUGCAAACCGUUUUGAGGGAUAAAUCAACAUCACGCAGUGACUUUAUCUUUUAUGCUGAUCGAUUAAUCCGGUUGGUGGUUGAGGAGGGGCUGAAUCAGCUGCCCUACAGAAAGUGUGUAGUUACAACUCCUACCGGUCAGCCAUAUGAUGGUCUACGCUAUGAGAAGGGGAACUGUGGUGUCAGCAUUGUCAGAAGUGGGGAAGCCAUGGAACAAGGUCUCCGCGACUGUUGUAGAUCCAUACGGAUUGGUAAAAUACUCAUCCAGAGUGACGAAGACACUCACGAAGCAAAGAUUGUAUACUCAAAACUACCAGCAGAUAUCGCAUCACGAAAAGUUCUCCUGAUGUACCCUAUUAUGAGUACAGGUAAUACAGUGUCUAAGGCAGUCAAUAUUUUACAGGCUCAUGAUGUCGACCAGGAAAACGUCAUCCUACUUAAUCUCUUCUGUACGCCUCAAGCUGCCAAGAAUGUCAUUACACAGUUCCCGGGAUUGACAAUAUUCACAUCAGAAGUGCAUUCUGUUGCACCAAACCAUUUUGGGAUGAAAUAUUUUGGAACAGAAUAAAUGCGACUUUAUGAAUGAAGUUUUACUUAACCUGUUGUUUGACAGUUCAUCUCAUUCUGUAUGUCCAUGUGUUGCCUUUGCCUCGUACAUGUGGGAUGAAGACGUUUCCAACAACCCCAUACCAGUCAGCAAAAACAUCAUCAUUGUCAAUUCAUCCCAAUUUCAUUGUACUUUCACAUUUAUUUGUAAACAUGGAUGCUGUUUGAACCUAAUAUCCUCAGCUGACAUUGCCCCUAUGGGACAUGUGUCUGAAAGCCUUAAAACAUUCUUUCACCGUUUUAAAUGUUAGCAUUAAGAUGAUAUGUACAUAACUAUGUUAUUGGUAUUUGUCCAUAUAUUGUAAAUACAUUCCUGUGUAUAAGUGCAGGAUGUUGAUGCUCCCUGGAGUUGUAUGGACAAGAGUUAGAUCCAUUUGACUUGCUGUGUCAGGGGCAUAGUGCUGAAAUGUGCAGUUACAUCACUUAGGCAGAGUUACAUCCCCUAGGGCUUGAUACUGGGUUAGAAUCUUGGAUUCACCUUGAUUAUGUUCCUGUUUUGGUGUGCACAACACGUGUGCUUGUAUGUUUCACCAAUGCAGUAAACGUUUAAGACCUACAUCACAUUACUCUCUUAUUAUAGACUGACAUUGGCAUAACCAUAGUAACUAAUUACUAAUCAAAGCAGCAUUAAAUCAAACACUGUCACUUGUCGGAGGCAUUAGCAAGUAGAGAAUAUAAAAGCUUCUCUUUUGUGGAUUUACUAUCUGGGACCAACAUCAUUUUAUGUUUUACCCACAUCAAAAUGAUGCAAGUUGAAAAAUCUGAAGUGGCUGGGGAAAAAACUGAAAUGGUGCUUUGAUGAGAACUGUUUAUUGUCCAUGUGCUGAAAUCCCUUUAAAUAUUGACAUUUACAACUAGAAAAACACUAAUGGCAGUAAUGAAACGACAGUAUAUCCAGUUGUUCUUUGAGAUUGACAAUCCGCAUUUGCACAGAGAUGGUUUCAACUUCACAGCUUUUUGUCUUUUCUCGUGUGUUUGUGACAGGCUAAGCCAUAAAUAAUGUCACUGGUAACUGAAGGCCACAAAUAUUGAAGGCAAUUAACUUGUAACAUACCCAUCAGGAUCCUCUUACACUGAAAAGAACUUGCAGAUUAACUGUUUUAUGUUUCCAUCAACAGUAGGGAAUUAUUAGUAUGCUGGAUCAUUGGCUGCUGUUGAAGGGAAGAUUAGGGGAUACAGACUAAAAAUAGUGAGUAGGAAGUUAGUAGUGAUUUACUCUUUGCAAAGGUUCAUUUGAGUGUAGGCCAUAAGAUAUUAAGAAGUAUGUACCAGUAAUCUUUAUACGAGAAAGGGAUGUGUUUUUACAGUCUGUGUAGCAAGGAAUAAUGGUGUAGAAGUGAACAUAUACAGCUGGAAAAAUAUUUUUGCACCAGUCCUUUGUUUUUAUCAUUUCAAAACUUAGUCUGGGAAUAUGGUACAAUAUUGCAUUGUUAUAGAUGUCUAAGAUACCAUCAUUGAUUGAUUAUAAAUUUAUCUAAGAAUUUUAUGUGUUCCCUCAGAUGGUCACAAGGACUGGAUCAUGUCUGAUAUGGGAAAGAGCAGAAGAAAUAUGUAAUCUGAGAAUGACUAACAUGUAACAGUUACUAAGCAUGUCCUCACAUCAUCAGUGCUGGUUUCUGUAUUGUAAUAUGAGUAAUUCACAUAAACAACUACAUAUAUGUACAACAGAAUUUUGUACAUUUUAAAAUUCAAUUGUAUAACCUUUUUCCAGGUAUUUAUGUUCACCAUGGACAAAGUAUUCCUUCCAACACAGACACCAAAACAUGCUUGAAAAAGAUGGCACCAUCAUCUGUACAAUAACCUCAAUUGUAUACAUAUAUGGUCUUACAGAGCUUGUUACACGAAUCUACAUGUAUUCAUCUCUCGUCUUACAAUGAAAUGCUUCAGUGAAGUAAUACAUAUACCGGUAGUGCAAUUUGGGACAGCUUAGAUGAGAUAUUUUAUGUUUUUGUUAAUAAGUGAAUUUAUGCUUUUUGCUCAGAGAACCAAAGGUCUAAGUGAGCUUCCUGGAUAACAUGUUAUCUGUUUAACUACAGUCUGUAUGGGGAUGAGACUGACACUUAAGGAAGAUGUGAAUCGUGACCAAUACAUAGAACUUUCUUCUUUUGUUUACAGCAUGCUCAUUGACAUUGAUAGAAUUUAGUUUUGCCUAUUCUAGUGAAAACAAAUUAAUGUAUAUGUUGAGUGGUUAAAAUCAAUCCUGACACACUUGUUUUUAGUUUGAAACAAUGUUCUAUUGUGGAAACUUUUUAAGCAUCAUCUCACAAACUAAGGGUCUCAGGACAGCUGAUAAAGUGGUGAUGCAUUAAACAAAUGUAGUGGAUUUAUGGGUAAUUGAGUUGAUACUUUGUGUGAAGGAUGAUGAUGAAUUUCAUUUAGUCAUCAUCACCUUCACUCAGUUUUGUCAACUGUGGACAGACAUCUCAGAAAUUGUUAUAUUUUACCAAAUGUGCUACUGGACAUGAAUCAUUACUUUAACGAUGCAGUGAUUUUACUACAUCCAAUAAACAAUCCCACACCUUGAUUGUAGCUUGUAAGCAACAGUCCCUUUGUCUGUGGGAUGGUGAUGUAAUAGUUCAUAUUACAAUCUAGUUUAGACUAGUUUUGAUGCAAGCAAAUGUUGACAAUCUGACCUUGGAGGAAAUACAUCUAGUCGAUUAUUGAGACUUACAAUGAUAGGCCUUACUUGCUCUUUACCUGUUUUCCUGUUCCAUCAAGAGGUAAAUUUAACAAUGUGGUGUUGAUAGUUGAAGGUUGGACACAUAUUUGAUUCUCCCAUCUAUGUACAGACCCCUAAAUAUUUGCAGCCAAAGGAAACCGCAACCAAAUCAGGAUUUUGAUUUCAAGCUGUGUGUUAAUGGUAGUGGUUUCAUCCUAUUGACAUCUUCAGAUAAUGUUCCUGAUGUAUUCCUCAGAUGACAUCUUUGAAUUGAGUUGUCUGUAAUAUUUUAGUCUAAAGGUAGUUGUUGUUUUCCCCCUUUCCGUAUGUUCUCAAAAGUUUUGGUUUUAUAUUCAUUGUUACCUCCUAGAACACGAUAAAGGCUUAAUCUGUGAUGUUCGAAGGAGGUUUUAAGAGUCAGGAAAAUGUUCAUAGGAUGACAAAAUUAUCCUGAUAUCAGUUCAGUUUGUUUCAGGUGUUAACAUUGCUACAAAAAAAAAGACUCUAAAAGGGACUGGUUUUAUUAAUUGAGUGAUGAUUUCUGUCUGAAAUGUGCAUGACACCAUGAUUCGUUCUUGUACUCGACAAACACAUGCUGCGUUCAAUACGCUUGUUCAGUGCUGUGAGUCAUGCAUUUCUAUAUUGGCACCAUCAUGAUUUUACAGUGUGUAUGCUUGCUAGUCAGCCCAUGUGUGGCCUUGACCAUUGUUUACUUUCGUACCAUGUUGAAUGUGAUCUGUGCUCAUUGAUUCUGGUGCCAUCUGUACGGUAUUGUCCAACUAUUAUUACUCUGUUGCUAUCUGUAGAUUCUAGGUUUCAACAGUUACUACCCUGUUGCUUUUUUUUAUGUUAUUCAAUAUGACACACAAGCCCUCCAAACAAAGCCUUAUGAUCAGUAAAGCGUCUUUACUUUUUCUUUAAAGUGUGAAAUACUUGCAGUUUCUGUCUACACAAAGUUGCACAAAACUUGAUCAAAGUUGCAUCUUGAAACACAAGCUGAUUUGUCUGUAUAACUGCUGCUCUCUACAUUCACUAUAAACAUAUCUCACAAACACACCUCUACAGGAGAUUGACAUGUGGGUAUAUUUCCAUUGUAUUGUGGACUGUGUGCACCCAGGGUUGUACCUGCCAUACUUCUUUUGGCCAAUUGCUGAUGUGGCUUAAAGCACCAUUUACUCACUUCUUGUGGCUCUGGUGGAGGUUGUGCUAUGUGCUGGGUGAACAAGCUUGUAAACAUGUCAUCAAAGAUUGUUAGCAAUGUUACUGUUUAGAAUUCAUUAUAUUCAUUUCAUUAUGACAAUUGUUUCUUAUUAAGUCUUCAGGAUAAGUUUGCAGACCCACAGUUGUAUGAAAACAUGACACUAUCUGUUAAUGUGUUGGGAAUUGGUUAAAAUCUCAUAAUUGAGGAUUGUUUCAGUAAAACCGAUCAAUCACCGAAGAUAAUUGGUUAGUGUCAUUUAUCAAAUUUUCCUGGUUAUGUUUGUUAAUGCACCAAAAAUAAAGAAAAAACAGGUAGUUUUUUGGGUUUUUGUUGCAAAUUGCACAAAAUGCAUUUGCGAAAAAAGCCCGAAAGAACUACCUGUUUUGUAGUGACUUGGUAUGAGCUUGUAGUGCUUAUGAAAUGUAACAGACAAAACCAACCUUGUGAAAAAUAUUGUUAAUGCAAACAAGUGUUCCAUAACUUCCAGAAUUGUUUGUGUUCGAUUUUGAGAAAACAUGAUCGAUUGCUUGGUCGUUUAGUCAUUACGACCAAUCAUCGAUUAUUUCAAUUAAUUGGACCACCACUAGUGUUAACUAUGAGUCAGAUGUAUGGUUUCCUCACACAGGUCAUGUACACACAGUGGGGCGUCAUUAAGUAGGGCGUGAGUAGUCCAAGUAACUGUGCAUUGUUGUCCUUUUGUCAUGGUUUUCGUACGGGUUACUCCAAAAGUGUCUAAAAGAUUUACAUCUGAUUUAUAAAUACAUUUGAAACGAGAAUGACGUGUUGACUUAAUAUUUGUUUCUGUGUCAGAGAUGAUGGCACUACAUUUAUCUUGUCUUCUGUGAUCUCAAGAUGGUGGAUCUGUGAGAAAUGGCCAUUAAAGUUAUUGCUGCUA